AUGUUAUAAUAAUCUGGUUCUGCCUGUAAUCUAGGCGGCCAAAUCGUUAGGCCAUUGUAAACGAAUAAAAUUUAUGAUAAAAUGUCCAAAGAUAUCAAUAAAUCUUCAAUGAGUCUGGAUAUUGGAAGAAGAAAAAGUAGCAUUAUUAAACCAAAACUGGUACGAACCUACCAGCCGACUUACCAACUGAACUCAAAAAGGCGUUUUCAAGAAGAUGAUGUCAAGAAGAUAUUGAAAAGAAUUGUCGACGCAGAACUGGAGGAGGUCGAGUACAGUGAAAAGGAGUUACCUGAGCUGAUCCUUGGCCUGGCUGAAACCAUUCGCAAUGCCAUCAAAGAUGAAAACUAUAACAGGUAUAGGAUACUGGUGACGGUGACCAUCGGCCAGAGAAGGCAGCAAUCAGUGCAGAUAUUCCACUCGUUCUUGUGGGACCACGAGCGCGACGGUUUUGCCUUCUACAACUAUGAAAACCCACACAUCUUCGCCAACGUAACAGCUUAUGGUGUCUAUUUAGAUUAGAUUUGUUUUAAUAAAUUGACUUGAUUGUUA